GCUCCGCGAUAUCGGGAGUCCCUGGAACAACACCAGGACAUGGCGCACGCCGGGAACAAGAAGCCGCAGAGCUGCCAUUUGAUCUCCACAGGUGUGAGACGUCUGGUACACAGAAGUCACCUUGUGUCUCCUUCAAAAUCAUUAAUCCUGUCGUGCGGAGAGAUGGACAGUGUGUUCAAAGAGAAGAAACUGGAGAAGAUUGUGGUGGUAAACUUGCCUGGAUUUUAUCUGAAAAACCUGGGCAAUUUGUCUAAUUGUUCUGCUCUGAAGAUUUGCAUCCUGCCCAGGAAUUACAUCACUAAAAUCGAUGCUCUCGCAAACUGUCCCAAUUUAAUCAAGCUGGAUCUCCAUGGAAACCAUAUUUCCAAUCUCCCAGAUGAAGACUUUUGGUCUAAUAUGAAGUCUCUACAGAUCCUCUAUCUACAUGACAACAUCAUUGGGACCAUGAACAGCGUUAAACCCUUGUUUUCCUGCCCAAACCUCAUUGUUCUGACCCUGUUUGACACCCCAGUCAGCCUUGCCCCAAAAUAUAGGCAUAAUAUUGUCAACUACAUCUGGUCCCUCAAAGCCUUGGAUAACUUUGUCAUUGCAGAUGAGGAAGUCAUUGAGGAUUGGCCGAAAAGCGACGAAUUCAAAGCUUUAGGUCUACCUUUCUUCCUUGAUAUUCCCGUAUGUUCACAGGUCUCGUCCUGGCGGAGUGAGUUGACGCGUAUAAGGAAGCUCAUCUCCACCAUCAACAACAUUCUUGCCCAUUACUCUCCAGUGCUGAUAAUUCAACGAUGGUUUCGUGGAUUCUUGGUCAGAAAGAAGCUGAGAGCUGUAUUAACUCCAUGUAAACAACAAGCUUUGCCGGAAAGGUGGGUGAACGGAGAAUUAUGCAGCCGGGGUAUCCAUGUACUGGAAGAUGGCAGCAUGUGGGCAGCAGGAAGCAGCAACAAGCAGGAUGAUCAAUGCAGUGCCGUCCAUUUAGAGAUAGAUAAAAACAAACUGAACAUUAAGUUGCUGGAGGAUCGGUGUGAACUCAAUGAAAUAACCUCUGGCAUUUAUCCAUGCAUUUUACAAUGGAACAGGUGGAAAUCUCCAAAUUUUAAGCCAAAGCAAAACAUUUUUAGGCACAGAGCGUUCAGAGAGCCAAACAUUGUUCCAUUCCCAGAUAAAUUUGAACUGGAACCAUUAGCCGGUGAGGAGGAAGAAGAGGAGGAGGAGGAAGAGGAUGAGGAAGAAGGCAAAGAAGAUGCUGACAAAGAUAUCCAUGAGAUCUUGAAGCUGUAUCAAAUUAUCCGCCGACCAACUCUUGCACAUGAAAUGCUGCUUUCUCGCUUGGCGUCUGGGGAGGAUAUUCGCCAAGGCAUUCAGCAGAUCCAUGAGAUGCUCCGGAACAAACCACAGCCCAAGUUUACCUACAAGCCGCCAGUAAGCUUGGAUAUGAGGCUUUACACCAAAUCCCACGGCAGUGUGAGCCUGGCACCAUUCCUGGCGAUUCAGAAAGCCUAUGGAGACAGGGAGAUAGUAGCGAAGCAGCAGCUGCUCACAGACCAGACCCGCAAGCAGAAAGCAGCUGAAGACCAAUCGAGGAGCAACCUCCACAGCCAGGCCCGCCAGAAAUGUGACGCUUCUUUACGAAAGUAUAAAGAGGACAAGCUCCAUGGGGAGCAGGUCCUGCUGCAACGUAAACGAGAUGAAGCCAAGUCGCUAAUGCUCAUUCGCCACAACAACUAUCUGUUCCUCGCAGAGAAGAGUUGCCAAGAAUUGGACCACCAGUUAGUCAAGAAAUUUAGCUGCAGCUACACCAUGUUGUCAGAGGCCUCGCUAAAGCGUCAGAUCAGGGAACAGAAUGAAAAUAUCCGACAACAGAAACUUGACUUAGCGCAGAGCAUCAAAAGAAAAGCAAAGCUCCUGAAGAAAGAAAUAAGAGACUUCAUGAUGCAUAAGCAAUUGACCAUGCAAGCAGAGAACGCUGCUGCGAGGAAAGCUGCAAACACCAUUCUCUCACAGGCAUCGAGAGACAGAUUGCUGCAGGCCAGAGCCAGUGUGGCAGCGCAGAAGGCACGGCAGCGUACUGCAGAAACCACUGGCCCAGCGACAACUGAACAGGACGCCACUCACCCAGAGAAGCUGCCAGGAAUUUCUCCCCAGCUCACAUUGACCCAGUCUGAAGCACAUGCUCCAGAAAUCUGACAGCCAAAAGAGAUCUUGAGAAGUCAGCCACAAACCAGGACUGGUAAUUGGCCUCACCUGUCACUAUGUUGUAUAAGUCAGUAAUUAUUUUAAUCAUCAAUGAAUACAGACUGUAUUUCAAAGCUGAAGGUUUUGUAAAAUUUGAAAGUAUAUA